GAUCGGAGGAUCAGGCUAAAGGGCGACAACGGUUAGGCGGAGGAACAACCAAAGAGAAACAAGCGUCACGUCAAGGAGGGAAGGGCCAGCACGUCGGGGGUUCUCUGGCCCUGCCCAGUCCUUGCUCUCGAUAGGGAAAAAGAUCUGGGAGCGAGAGACAUGCGUGGAGCUAAAAAGUGGCGUCGCGCGAUGACGCUCUGGCCCGACGCCGACGGCCUCUCGGUGGCUCCCGGAGGACCCGGCGGACCGGGUACUGGAGGUGAGGAGGCGGGGCCGGCGAGGCCUGGAGAACCUUCUCUCACCCCAGGCUUCCGGGAUCUCCUUGGGUUCCCGGCUGCUUUUUCUCCUCCUGAUCUAGGAGGAGCCGAAGCUCAGGAAGUCCUACUAGAUACCUAACCCGAGAUCUUCUUGCUGCAACUCAAUCUAUAUUACUCUAUAUUUUCCACCUUUUUGUUGCAGCUUCCCCACCUCUGUCCCCAGACGGCCUUUCUCUGACCUCAGUCUCCCCCCUGUCAGGGAGGGGCUGUUUUUCUCAACCAGACAGGUUCAGCUGGCCCAGCAGUUUCGAUGUGAGGGAUAUGCAAGAGCCCAAGGCCAGGCCUGGACAGUGAGGCCUGACUCCUUUAUCCAUACCACCCUCUAUGGCCUCAGAACCAGCACCAAUAGCCUGUUGGAGUGACAGAGCAGGGGAAAGCAGAUGAGUGGAUGCCUGGAAUCAGAGGAGCAGCAGAACCAGGCUGGAGCAGUUGCUGACCUGAAGCUGGAGCUACCGGCCUAGGAGCACUUGCAACAGGGCUGAGGCCAUGGCCCCACCACUGGCUGCCAGCACCCCACUCCUGCAUGGGGAGUUUGGCUCCUACCCAGCCUGUGGCCGGCGAUUGGCUCUCACCCUCACAUCACAGGCCCUGCACAUACAGCGGCUGCGCCCAAAGCCGGAAGCCCGGCCCCGGGGCGGCCUGGUGUCCCUGGCUGAGGUUUCUGGCUGCUGCACCCUGCAGAGCCGCAGCCCCUCGGACUCUGCAGCCUACCUGUGCAUCUACACCUAUCCCCAGGGCCGGCGCCGCCGUGGGGGCCGACGCCGAGCCGCCCGCAUCUUCCAGGCAGAUGGAGCAACCACCUAUGAGGAGAACCACGCCGAGGCCCAGCGCUGGGCAACUGCCCUCAUGUGUCUGCUCCGAGGAGUACCACUCCCUGGGGACGGGGAGAUCACCCCAGAGCUUCUGCCCCGGAAACCUCGGUUGCUCCUAUUGGUCAAUCCCUUUGGAGGGCGGGGCCUGGCCUGGCAGUUGUGUAGGGACCACGUGUUGCCCAUGAUCUCUGAAGCUGGUCUAUCCUUCAACCUCAUUCAGACAGAACGACAGAACCACGCCCGGGAGCUGGUCCAGGGGCUGAACCUGAGCGAGUGGGACAGCAUCGUCACAGUCUCUGGAGAUGGGCUGCUCUAUGAGGUGCUGAAUGGGCUCCUAGAUCGCCCUGACUGGGAGGAGGCUGUGAAAAUGCCAUUAGGGAUCCUCCCCUGUGGCUCAGGCAACGCGCUGGCUGGAGCAGUAAACCAGUUCGGGGGAUUUGAGCCGGCCCUAGGCCUCGACCUGCUGCUCAAUUGCUCACUGCUGCUGUGCCGGGGUGGCAGCCACCCACUGGACCUGCUCUCUGUGACACUGGCCUCAGGAUCCCGUUGUUUCUCCUUCCUGUCUGUGGCCUGGGGCUUCGUGUCGGACGUGGACAUCCAGAGUGAGCGUUUCAGGGCCCUGGGCAGUGCCCGCUUCACACUGGGCACGGUGCUGGGCCUCGCCACCUUACACACUUACCGCGGACGCCUCUCCUACCUCCCUGCCGCCGUGGAGUCAGCCUUGCCCGCCUCUGCCCACGGCCUGCCCCGGGCCAAAUCAGAGCUGACCCUGGCCCCGGCCCCAGUGCCACCUGUGGCCCACUCGCCCUUGCAUCGCUCAGUGUCCGACCUGCCCCUGCCCUUGCCUCAGCCCCACCCUGCCUUGACCUCCCCUGGCUCACCCGAGCCCCUGCCCAUGCUGUCUCUCAAUGGCGGGGGCCCAGAGCUCGCGGAGGACUGGGGUGGUGCUGGGGAUGCCCCACUGUCCCCAGACCCACUCCUGCCCUCGCCCCCCAGCUCUCCCAAGGCAGCUCCACUGUCUCCCAUCACAGAAGUGCCCCCAGAAAUGCCAGCGUCCUCCAAGCCCCCGCCUCCCACCCCUGGGGGUGCAGAAGGAAGUACUAGGGGCCCACCCGACCACCUGCUGCCUCCGUUGGGCACCCCACUGCCCUCAGACUGGGUGACGAUGGAGGAGGACUUCGUGCUCAUGUUGGCCAUUUCUCCCAGCCACCUGAGCGCCGACAUGGUGGCGGCUCCGCACGCGCGCUUUGACGACGGCCUGGUGCACCUGUGCUGGGUGCGGAGCGGCAUUUCCCGGGCCGCGCUGCUGCGCAUUUUCCUGGCCAUGGAGCGGGGGAACCACUUCAGUCUGGGCUGUCCGCACCUGGGAUAUGCCGCGGUCCGUGCCUUCCGCCUCGAGCCCCUCACGCCUCGCGGCAUGCUCACGGUGGACGGCGAGCAGGUGGAGUAUGGGCCGCUCCAGGCGCAGAUGCAUCCCGGCCUCGGUACCUUGCUCACCGGGCCGCCAGGCCGCGCUGGGCCAGAACCCCGAGCUGGACCCGGCUCUUAACCCGCCAGGAGUGGGACCGGCGCUAGGGGGUGUGGCCUAGCUGCUAGAGAUGGGGCCCAGCCCCGUCUCAGGAUUGUGCCCGCCUCCAGGGCACCAGAACUGCUGUUGCCGGCGGCCUGAUUUGCAGGCUGUCCCGGGUAGUGCCUGACCAAUAAGGGCGGGUCCUGGUGGGGCGGGGCUCAGCCCCGAUCCUCCAGUCCAGCACAUCGAGGGAGGAGCCUACCUUACGAGUCGCCCAAUGACGGGACCUGGAAUGUACGAGCUAGGGCAGGCCUUACUUAAUUGGUCAGUCAGGACCCGGGUCUCGCCCUAUCCACUCCGGUGCCUCCACUUAACCGGCCAAUCAGCCUAAAAGGGGCAGGUUCCCCGAGACGGCCGCUAGGAUUUGCACUAACGUUCCUCCCUCCGCGGGUGGGGGAAACUCAUUUCUUUUGUUCUGUGUUGUGAGCUUCCCAUGUCCCCAAUCUAAAAAGCAAUCGAAAAGGUCUAUGCAAUAAAGGCAGUCGCUUCAUUCCCCUACACCUGCGCCCCUUUCUCCUGCAACAUUACGCUACUCGACCC